AUGUUGGUGCCCAGUGACGGCGUCUCCAGCGGCUCAGGCAAGCUGGUGGCCGCCCUCGAGCAGUUCUACGCCGAGCAGGUGUCCAAGAGGCGUAUGAUCGUCAACAAGAGAGUGGAAGAAGUGGUUCAGGUAGCCCAUGACCUCAUGAAACAUGUGGAGGCGCAGGAACCCCGCUGCCUCUCUACUCUCACCCAGGCUGGCGGCCGCUGGGAGGGCCUCCACAUCCUCUCCCCCAACGAGUACCAGGUCACCAUCUACCUUAACCAGAUGGGGGAGUUCAACCUAGUUGACGACGGCACCGUGCCCGGCAGUGCUGUCCUCAAGCUUAGUGACGGCCGCAAACGUUCAAUGUCGCUGUGGGUGGAGUUCAUCACAGCGUCGGGCUACCUGUCAUCACGUAAGAUGCGGGCCAGGUUCCAGACGCUGGUGGCGCAGGCAGUGGAGAAGUCACAGUACCGUGACCAACUGAGGAUGGUGGGUGGAACCUCAGAGGUCCGCGUCAGGAUCAGAGACACUUACACUCUAGACCUCACUCUGGCUUUCAAGUGCUACGGCAUCUGGCCCAGAUCGGCGGCCCACUGGCCCGAACUCUCCUUGCCCUGGCCCGGGGUCGAGCUGGCGGCCGAGGUGAAGAUGUCUGGGUUCACCCUAGUGUCACGUGACUGUUCUCACCUAGCGAGAGACAAGGACAAGGAAAAGCAAGAUGCAGCCAUCACAGCAGAAGGAGACACGUGGGUCAUGGUGUUCAUGGAGGCUGAGGAUAGACUCCUCACUCAAGGCUGCCGCAAAAAGUGUCUUUCCAUUCUAAAGACACUCAGAGACAGGCACCUUGAUCUGCCAGGUAACCCCGUGAGCUCGUACGUGCUCAAGACGUUGGUGCUCUAUGAGUGCGAAAAACACCCGCACGAAUGGGAGUGGGACACCAUUAGCCUAGGGGACCGUAUUAACGGUAUCCUCCUUCAGCUCAUCUCCUGUUUACUGUGCCGCAGGUGUCCUCACUACUUCCUGCCGCAGGUGGAUCUCUUCCGUGGGUCUCCCCGCCAGUCUCUCACCCAAGGAGCCUCCCAGACCUGGCGUCUCACCCGUGACCUCCUCACCAGAACAGAAUAUCUGCAACAAUGCUAA